GUCACUCUAACUGUCAACGCGACUUCCGCUCUUUUCCUACCCAACUCGCGGAGCAAAAUGCAGCAGAAGCGCAGAGAACCCGUGCAGGCAGUCCAGGUCUUCGGACGCAAGAAAACCGCCACCGCCGUCGCUUACUGCAAGCGUGGCAGCGGCCUCCUGAAGGUUAACGGUCGUCCUCUGGAGCAGAUUGAACCUAAGGUCCUGCAAUACAAACUGCAGGAGCCUCUUCUGCUGCUCGGCAAGGAGAAAUUCGCCGGCGUCGACAUCCGCGUGCGCGUCAGCGGUGGUGGUCAUGUAGCCCAGAUCUACGCCAUCCGCCAGGCCAUUUCCAAGGCCCUCGUUGCCUUCUACCAGAAAUACGUCGAUGAGGCCUCCAAGAAGGAGAUCAAGGACAUUCUGGUGCAGUACGACAGAACCCUAUUGGUUGGCGAUCCGCGUCGCUGCGAGCCAAAGAAGUUCGGUGGUCCAGGUGCCCGUGCUCGCUACCAGAAGUCGUACCGUUAAACUACUCUGUCUGGUUUUCAAUUUGGAUUAGAACUAUUUUUUACAACUUGAAAAUGGUUUGCACGCAAGUGUAAAUAAAACGGAAUAAUUAACUGUA